CCCCGCGCCUCAUUGUGCGCCAGGGGGACAAACCAACGUAACGUCUCUUCCCCUCAGGAGCUGCCACCACUUCCUCCUCCUCCUCGCCUCGGCCGCUGUGAGGUCAGGCCAGAGCAGGCCCCGCCUCUGGAGGGCUAACACACGGCGAAGCGGGAGGCGCUAAGAGAGGCCCGGAGGCGCGCUUGGCGGUGUCCACUGCUCUGAGGCCAUGAUGGAAGCGGAGGAGGGGGGCUGCUGCCUGCUGCUCUGGACGGCGUGGGGAACGGCACUGGCGCUGGCCUUUUUCCUGGGCUUCGUGCGGAGGUCCACGGGGGCGUCGGGCAAAACUUUCCACCGGCGGGAGCCCGGCCAGACCCAGGCUGCCCAGAAGGGGCCGCCCGCCGACGCGUGGAAUCCACGACUCUCUGGCUUCACACUGCGACUUGCCGCGCACCUGGCCAACACUGCCUUCGGACAACUUUUUUUAGUGCCCCUUAUCAUGCGGAUCAACAACUUUACCAUCCUGCGGUAUCUUGAUAUUUCAGAAGAUCCUACUUUUCUUCCAGUAGUUGCUGAAGAAGGAAAAAGUGACCUUUCAAAGUCCAGCAAUGACUCAGAAAUUCUGUGUAAGCUGCUUGAUAUGAGGUCACGUUCCACUAACCUUGCUUUCAACUUCAGAGGGAUUCAAGAUUAUUUGAAUUGUUACCGAUCUGGAGAGGUGACACCCCUUCAAGUUGCCAAGAACAUUCUUGCUGUUUUGGAAGAUCCUGAGAGAUCAAGUCUCCACCUGCGAGCAAUUUCUCAGUGGGACCGGGAGGAGAUAAUCAAGAUGGCUGAGUGCUCCACUGCUCGCUAUAGACACCAGAAGCCCCUCUCUUUCUUGGAUGGAAUUCCAGUGUGCUUGAAGGAGGAGAUCAAAGUGGCUCCCUAUUAUCACCGAAGUGGAACAGAAUACCUGGGUACAAAGCCAGAAACCGAAGAUGCCACUGUGACCAGGAAAAUACGGACGGCUGGUGCCAUUAUUAUUGGUGUCUCAAAUAUGCAUGAAUUGGGUACUGGGACCACAGGCUGUAACCCCAACAGAUAUCACAAUACAGCUAGAAACCCUUACAACCCCCAGCAUUUCACAGGUGGCAGUUCCAGUGGGUCAGCAGCAGCUGUGGCUUCAGGUCUUUGCCCAUUUGCUCUUGGUACAGAUGGGGGAGGUUCUGUGAGAAUCCCUGCUUCUUUCUGCGGCAUUGUGGGACUGAAAGGUACAUUUGGACGCAUCAGUGCAUAUGGCUGCCAUCCUCUCUCGUAUUCUACUGUGAGUCUUGGCCCUCUUUGUACAUCAGUGGCAGAUGCAGCGCUUGUAUAUUCUAUCCUAGCUGGGCCAGAUCCUCUCUAUCAAUAUGGACUAUGCCAGCCUAAACCAUCCCUUUCUGAAAUUAUCACUCCUGAUCUCAAGGGCUUGAAGAUGGGAAUUGAUUGGACUUUCUUUAAGGCUUGCAAUGAUGAAAUUCUAGUUAACUGCCAAAAAGCUGUGGAGUUCCUUAAGAGUUUUGGUGCUUCAGUAAUCGAAGUGUCCCUUCCAGAGAUAGAGGAGAUACGGGUGGCUCAUGUCAUUUGCAUCCUUAGUGAGAUGAGGGAUUUCCUGCAGCCUGAUUUCAACAAUCACUUUCAUCAAAUGAAUUUGGAGACGCGUUUGAAUCUUGCAAUUGCUUCCCAGUUCACAGCUCUGGACUACAUUAAGGCAAACCGUCAGCGAACCCGCACAAUGGCCGUUCUGCAGGAGACUUUUGCAAAUGUAAAUUGUCUCAUCACUCCAGGAACUGCAUGUUGUGCCCCAGAAAUCCAGAGCUCUGAUCUCCUAUCAGGAUGUAGCGAUGUUCAAACAACUCUCCAGACCAUGAGGUACAUGCAGCUGGCCAACUUGACAGGCAUUCCAGCACUAGUAGUGCCAAUUGGAUAUACUGUUUCAGGCCUUCCCAUCAGCCUUCAGAUUAUGGCAAAGUGGUGGGAUGAAGCAUUGCUGUUUCGGAUUGGCUUGAAGCUGGAGAAAUUUCAUGACACAAUAGCAAAACCAGCUAUUUAUUAUGACAUUCUUGGGUAACAGGACUAGCUACAGGAUUGAAAGCUUGAUGCAGACCAAAAAGAGAUUAUUCUUACAGUCUGAGUGACUUACGACAGGAGAUUUUAUAAAAAGCAUAUAUGAAACAGUAACUUAUUAAGGAAAGUAAAACCUUUAUUUUGGCUGGUUACAGAUCUUAUGCCAAUCAUGUCUGGCAUAAAUACUACUGGAUCUUGCACAGGCUCAUAGGUAGCAAAGAGUUUGUCCACUUUCAUUAUUUCUGGAAGAUAGUUUUGAAAACUUGUCUCUUGUAUUCAACAACUAAUCCUGUCUGCCCCAUAGUGCUGUCAAUACAUGAUUUCUUGUGUAGAACAGAAAGGAUUUUAUUUCAAGGGCUGACAAUUUAAAGAAAACACUGGGAAAACUGUAGAGCUUUGAGUACCUAGAGUUGUCCUUCUGUUCCAAAUGAAUCAACCAAAUUGCCAUAAAAUCAACGACCCUAUGCCAAUGAAGAAAAAUGAGUAGUAUCAGAUCCCAACACAGAAUUUUUUUUUCUUUUCAACGAAGAAUACUUGUCUUUUCUCAAGAUACCAGAUUACAGCUUGCCUUUGAAGAAUUUUUUUCCUAAAGUAUAUUGGACUGUGCGUAUAAAGGUUAACUUUACUUACACUGAUGGGAAGAAAUGGAAAAUGUGCAUUUGUAAUACUCACCCCUUUUAGGGCAUGGUCAAUGUACUCAGAAUUCAAGAUUCUGGCUGAACUAUUUCCAAAUAUAUUUUUGCUUUAGUUUUCAGAGGUGCAGGGGUUAAUUUGUAUUUUCACCCAUUUUAAAACCUUGGGCUUUCAGAAAUGUCUCUUGAUCAGUGAAGUAAUAAAGCACUAGCUUUAUGUUGGAUGUGCCUCUAAACUAGGGGGGGGGGCUGUGGACACUAAAGAGACCAGUUUUCACAUGCAUUGAAACAUUAAAUUGGAUGAAGAUCCUAACUUCAACUUCUAA